CUCUUUUUCCCCAGGAGGUGGAGGAGGUUAAAGAGGAGAUGGUGAACAUCGUUAAGGAGAAUGUGGUGAAGAGGGUGAUAGAGAGCGUGUCUCAGGUGGGGAUAAAGAGUGAGGUGAGGGAGGUAGUGCCCGUGGUGAAGAUGGACACACGUUUCUUCGGAGAGCUGCUGGCGGAGGUUUACAGGAAGAACUGUGACAUCCACACCUGCAUCUCAGAACACGUGGCCAAGAUACGUGGAAGGAAACACCUCUUAGAUCCCAGUAAUGACUACAAGGUAAAGAGAGAGGACAUUGAGGCCCUGAUCCCCAAAGGAGCAUCUGAGCUGACCAAACAGCAGCUCCGCUACCUGCUGCAGACCCGUAUGACAGCAGACAAGACCAUGCGUCUCCUUCUGACCACCUUCAGCAGCCUGAGGGAGGAGCUGAUCCACAUGUCAGAGGAUCUGAGGCGUCUGGAGAGUGAGAAGGAGUCCCUGGAGAGAGACCUGAGCUUCAAGGCUGACCAGGCUGAGCAGUAUGACCGCCUCCUAGAGGCCAUACGAGAGAACAACAGACAGCUACAGAUAUCUCUGAAGGAGACCAGCUCCAGCCAGCGGACCCUGGAGACUCAGCUUCUGAGCAGCCGCACUACAGACUCAAACAGGGACUUCCGCAUCAAAGAACUGGAGGGCAGCUACCGAGCCCUGGAGAAGGAAAAUGAGAUGCUCAAACAGAAGUUGGCUGGCCAGUGCAGCAGUAGCACCAUUCAGAUGAAUACAGAGGAGCUGUCACGUCAGUACUCAGAGCAGCUAGCUGCCCUGCGCCAGGAGAAGGACAAGGAACUGCAGAGCCUCAGGUCCCAGCUGACGCGGAUCACCACAGAGUACACCACGGAGAGGUCAGGUGACAAGAGCCUGCAUCUCCGCAUCACACAGCUGCUGACAACACUGGAGCAGCGGGAGGUCGUCAUCAAACGUCAGGAAGAGGACAUCUGGCGGUUGCAGCAGGAGAAGAAGAGAGACAGCUCCAAGAACGUCACCACGACCACUAUCACCAAAAGGUACAGGAACCAGUACCCCCUCCUGGGCCUGCUAACUGAUGACUACAAUUCCACAUCGCCUGUCAAGGAUACCAAGACCAUCGUAAUCGAGAGCCGGACGGGGGAGAUGAUCAAACAGGAAUGAACGACAAGAAGACCCUAAUUUCCCCAGUAAGUCACUCUGGAUAAGAGCGUCUGCUAAAUGACUCAAAUGUAAAAUGCUUAUGCUACAGCCAGGAGGGCUGAGAGUGGACAGGAAGAGGGGUCUGGGGCUUAUUCGUAUGCAGCUCACUAGUGUGUCUGUCCUCCGUGGAGCCACCACUACCCUGCUAGUCUUUAGGACAUCUCCUCUAAAUGUGCUAUGGUGAUAGUAUGGUUACUAUGCAUAUAAAUAAGGAAGCUAAAUAUGCUUUAAUUAUGCGCUAAUUAAAGAGACUGUAUGGUAAAAUUAGCUUUGUUCUGCCUCUGUUCUGGCCUUUUGCUUUUCUUUUGUGGCAAGGUACAUAGUUGUGUUAUGUUUCAGCUGCAUUUUGUUUCAUGUUAAUACCUUAAGAGGUGCAUGGGUAUGUUUUGUUGUUAUUAUUGAAUGGAACGCUGCGCUUGGGGUUGGGGAGGGGGGUUGGAGUGGGGUAUAUUAGAAUAUCAGUGACUGGGUUGGACAUGGCCUGGGGCAUGGUUCUAUGGAUGAUAUAAAAUGGUGGAUGAACUGAACAUUUUAAAAGUAAAAUAAAAAAUGUAUGAAGUAGCAUGUUUUUCCUUUG